GGUUAGUUAACUACCUAAUAGUACAUACCUACCUACUUACUAUUUAGGUACAUAUUCUUUUGAAUGUCGUCGUCCCCUUCAGGCGCCAUCGACGCAACCCUUAUUCGUGGUUCGCUAAUGAUUUUUUAGCUUACGGGUCAUUACGAGAGAAUAAUUAAUAACCAGCCAUCAUAAUUAUCAUCAUCAUCAUCAUCACUAAGAAUGACAGAAUCCAGCAAUAACAAGAGAAGUCAUUCAGACUUCGCCGAAAAUAAUGGCCAAGGCCCGGAUAGCUCUUCAGAUGAAGAUGAUAUUGGACCUCAGUUGCCCUCAACGGCAGAAGCACCCAAGAAGAAACGACGCGUACUGCCGCAUGAAAAACUCUACAUCGAAGCGCUCCCCAAGUCAGCACGCUAUUCAAAAUCCUUAAUGCACAAAGAGCAAGUCUCAUUCGUCAAUGUCACCCGAUCCGAGUUCCUCAUAUCGACUUCCGUAGAUGGCGUGGUUAAGUUUUGGAAGAAAGUUGCCCAGGGAAUCGAAUUCGUCAAAGAGUUCAAGGCCCACCAGGACGAAGUUCGAUCCGUUUCUGUUAGCCACGACGGACGAAGUUUUGCGACCGCUGGCGCUGAUAAGACUAUCAAGAUCUUCGAUGUCAUAACCUUUGACCUCCUUGCUAUGCUUUCUCUCGAAUAUGCGCCCCGAUGUGUCUGCUGGGUGCACAAGAUGGGUGCUUCAUUACCACUGCUAGCUGUCUCGGACGAUUCGAAACCCCUAAUCUACAUUUACGAUGGGCGAGGCGAAACUCAAACACCUAUACACACAAUUAAGGGCCUGCAUAGGAGUGUGGUGUCGAUGAUGGCUUUCAACGACUCUUAUGACUGCGUGGUCUCUGCGGACGAUGGCGGUAUGCUCGAGUACUGGUCGCCGAGUACCAAUUACGAAAAGCCGGAGAAUGUUUUCCAGUACAAGAGCUCUACAAACCUUUUUGAAUUUAAGAAGGCUAAAUCGACUCCUGUCUCGUUGACGAUGUCGCCUUCAGGGCAUCAGUUUGUCACAUUCUCCGUGCCCGAUCGUAAGAUUCGGAUUUUCGAAUUUACCUCUGGUAAACUAUAUCGGACCUACGAUGAAUCACUGCAGGUGAUUGAGGAGAUGCAACGGGCGGGAACCGCCAUGCAGAAGUUAGACGACGUUGACUUAGGGAGAAGGCUUGCGGCAGAGCGAGAAAUUGAAUCCAGUUCACUUCGAAACAAGGUUAAUGUCAUCUUUGACGAAUCAGGCCACUUCAUCCUAUAUGGUUCUAUCUUUGGUAUCAAGGUACUCAACACCUUUACUAACCAGGUUGUAAAGGUGUAUGGGAAAGAUGAACAUCUUCGUCUAGUCAAUUUGGCUCUAUAUCAAGGGCAACCCCAAAAGAAAGGCGUGACAACUGUGGCGAUGGCAGCGUCGAGUAACCCUCUUUUGCAGGAGUCCGAGGCAAGAGAUCCAAUGCUUUUUGCAACGGCUGUGGGGAAAGUUCGGUUUUACAUGUUCACCAACGACGAAGAGAUAUCAAGAUCUGAAAGAGACAUCCAGAAUGAGAAGCCGACUAUGCUGAAUCCUAGGAAGGCGGCGCAGAAAAAGACGGGUGAGACCGGGACAGCAGCAAUUCUACACACUAACUACGGGGAUAUCCACAUCCGGCUCUUCCCAGAUGCUGCGCCGAAGGCUGUUGAGAAUUUUGUCACUCAUUCUAAGCAUGGCUACUAUAACAACACAAUAUUUCACAGAGUAAUACGCAAAUUCAUGAUCCAGGGAGGUGAUCCUCUAGGUGAUGGGACGGGUGGUGAAAGUAUUUGGGGGAAAGAGUUCGAGGACGAGUUCAGUACUCUCAAGCAUGACAAGCCGUACACGGUAAGCAUGGCAAAUGCAGGUCCAAACACCAACGGGAGUCAAUUCUUCAUCACGACUGAGAAGACUCCAUGGCUAGAUAACAAGCACACGAUAUUUGGAAGGGCGGUGCAGGGUUUAGAUGUGAUUCAUAAGAUCGAAAAUGUGCGAACUUAUAAGGAGAAGCCGGAGGAAGAUAUCAAAAUCCUCAAUAUCGAUAUAGUUUAGCAUUGAAAUGACUAAGCGCCUUAAAACCACAGCAACGAUGUAUAUAGUGGCAUCUAUCAUUCAAAUUUGAAUGUUCGAUGUUGUGCUUAAUUUUAAUUGGAUCAAGCUGGCUGCUGGAGACUUUUAA